AAAAAUUUAUCUCAAAUUUUGUAAUUUAUUAUUAUAUAUAGUUAAUUUUGGACAAAAAAAUUUAUACUUUUCAAUUACUUUUAUAUAUUUUUUGGAGGAUAUUGAAAUAGCUUUCUGGUUUUCACUUUGGUUAUCCUUAUUUUCUUGACUGGAAAUGGAAGAUGUUAAAGAUCUGAAGCAACACGCCUCGGAGUCCUCUCCGGAGGAGGAUCAAUCACACAGCGCGAUUCAAACCAGCCAAAAUGCAGAUGAAAAACCAAACUCCAAGAAUCAACAACUAAACGUGGAUGCUUCGGAGCAUGUAGAAGAGGCUACUCAAAGCUCGUCGUUGGAGAAGAGUGAGACUCAUCCAACAGGAGCUACUAUGGUUGAUCAGGAAGACUCGUCUCAAUCUGUACAUAGUCCUAAGCCAUCGGAGCCUCCUAUCGAUACAAAUGGUUCCAAAGAGGAAGAGCAUAUUCAAUCUAAUAGUAGUACCAAAAGUGCUGAUGAUUCGUGUUCUACUUCCCACGUCCAAGAGACGAAACCUGAAAAUACUACUCGUGUAGAGUCAUCGGAUAACAUUGACAAGUCUCCCACUCUCAGAAUCAAGAUUCCAGGGCCUACAGCUCAGUCUAAGCAGCCUGAGAACGUUGAUGCAAACAGAGUUAACAUCGAUACAGCAGCACCUAUCCAAUCUGUGAAACAGGCAGUUUCAAAGUUUGGAGGGAUUGUUGACUGGAAGGCUCAUCGACAACAGACAUUCGAGAGACGGAAUCUUAUCGAGCAAGAACUAACAAAAGUGCAAGAGGAGAUCCCAUUGUAUAAGAAACAAUGUCAGGAUGCAGAAGAUGCAAAAGUGCUAGUUUUGAAAGAACUAGAUAGCACUAAGAGGCUCAUAGAAGAGUUGAAGCUUAAUCUAGAGAGAGCACAAACAGAAGAGCAACAAGCAAGACAGGAUUCGGAACUUGCCACGCUCAGGGUCGAAGAGAUGGAGCGGGGUAUUGCUGAUGACUCUAGUAUUGCAGCUAAAGCACAGCUUGAAGUUGCCAGAGCUAGGCUUGAAGCUGCAGUGUCAGAGCUAAAAUCUGUUAACUCCGAAUUAGAUGUUCUCCGUAAGGAUUAUGAUUUAUUGGUAUCCGAAAAAGAUGUUGCUGUGGAAAAAGCAGAAGAAGCUGUUUCGGUAUCAAAUAAAGUUGAGAAGACAGUUGAGGAUUUGACAAUUGAGCUCAUUACUUCAAAGGACGCUUUGGAGGCUGCACAUGCUGCACAUCUAGAAGCCGAGGAACAUAGAGUCGGAGCAGCUAUGGCAAGAGAGCAAGAUACUCUAAAUUGGGAGAACGAACUGAAGGAGGCGGAAGAAGAGCUUGAGAGGCUAAACCAGCAAAUAAUGUCUGCAAAGGAUCAUAAAGCAAAAUUCGAUACUGCUUCAUCUUUGUUACAAGAUCUCAACAUUGAGUUAGCUGCUUAUAUGGAAUCAAAGUUGAAACAGGAGGCUGAUGAAGAAGGGAACAUGAAAGGCGAGAAAUUAGAGACGGAUAAAAGAAGUCAUCAUGACAUACAAGGAGUUGUGGCAUCAGCUAAGAAGGAACUCGAAGAAGUGAAACUCAAUAUUGAGAAAGCAACAGCUGAAGUAGAAGGCCUGAAAGUAGCAGCAGUUGCAUUAAAGGCAGAAUUGGAAAAGGAAAAAUCAGAACUAGCUUCCAUACAACAGAGAGAAGGAAUGGCAGCAAUUGCCGUUACAUCUCUUGAAGCUGAGUUGAACCGAACAAAGUCAGAGAUUUCCCUUUUGCUGAUAAAGGAAAAAGAAGCAAGAGAAAAGAUGGUGGAUCUACCGAAGCAACUGCAUGAGGCUGCACAAGAGGCUGAUCGUGCAAAGUUACUUGCUCAAACAGUUCGGGAAGAGCUGAGGAAGGCAAAGGAAGAGGCGGAGCAAGCAAAGGCAGCAUCUAGCACCUUGGAAAGUAGACUGCUUGCAGUGAAAAAAGAGAUAGAGGCUGCAAAAGCUUCAGAGAAGUUGGCCAUAGCAGCUAUCAGUGCUCUACAAGAGAGUGAAUCAACUGAAAGCACAGCGGAUGAGACAACUGGUGUAACACUUUCUUUAGAGGAGUAUUAUGAACUCAGCAAGAAGGCCCUUGAGGCAGAGAAACAAGCUAAUACCAGAGUGUCUGCUGCUAUGUCCCAAAUAGAAGUAGCCAAGGAAUCAGAGUUGAGUAGUCUUAACAAGCUCGAGGAGGUUAAUGUUGCGAUGACUGAAAAGAAGGAAGCACUAGAAAUCGCACUGCAAAAGGCCGAGAAAGCCAAAGAAGGAAAAUUGGCAGCAGAGCAAGAGCUGAGGAAAUGGAGAGCGGAGCAUGAGAAAAGACGAAAAUCUGGUAAAUCUGUUACCCCGGUAAAUAAAACAAUGAGAUCAAAAAUGAGCUCUGAGGAGAAUAAAGAAUCAAAAGCUUCUGAAGAUGCAGUACCUCAUCAAACCUCAAAUCCAAAAGAAAAUGUACAAACAAAGAGUGAAACCGAUUCAUCUCAGGAAGUGAAGGUCACAAAGAAAAAGAAGAAGUCCUUCUUCCCCCGCGUCUUAAUGUUUCUGGGCAGAAAGAAAGCACAGGCCAAGGCAAGAUGAUGAUCUCUGCUCCAUUUUUCUUGAUUUGAGAAGGAUUUUAGAGGGCAAUAAGUUUAUCAUAGGUUUGGCUCUGUCAGUAAGCCUUUGCCUAUUAAAGUUGUUGACGGCUUCAAAUGUGUACUCCUGCUAGUUCUGCAUAAAAGCUAGCAGCAAUUCAAACCUUUGGCCUCGUGAAGAUAUGACUUUCCUUGUGUUUCAUGUUCGUAUGGGUUAUAUAAUGCAACAACACAUCAAUUUUUCCUAUCACUUGGCUCACCAUUUCAAUGCUAAUUGCCUCACAGUCCGAGUUCUAUAUUCUUUAUUAUCCUAAUACUUUUGCUUGUUUGUAAUAGUUUCAAUCAUUUUAUUGCAUAUAGUCUGAUAAAUUGUUGUAACGAAUUGAGUAUUCUUUAGAAGAUAAUCUUUGUAAUGUAAUGUAUUUAUGCUGAACCUAACUUUCUGUGGUGUUAAAAUCAUUCUAAGA